UUGGCUGAUUCCACAUGAGAACUCCAGGGUAACUGAAUAGGCUUUGGUUGGUUUGACAGACAAUGCACUGAGCCAGCAGACUCAUUCUCACAUACCAGAGGCAGGGGUUUUCAGGGGGUACUCGGACCAAUGUAACAGAAGUCACCAAUGCAUUUCCACACACCGUUUGGAUACUUCCUAUAGCUACUGGCUACUAUAUGAGUUACAGCAACACUAUGGAAUUAAAGAAGCCUGUCGCUUCUGUUUUAUUGGAAGUGAAUUCUGAGGAUAUAUAUAAAUAAGAUACCAGCAAUUGUAACAGUGAAUGGAGAUACAUUUCAGUGAAUGGAUUGACAGCCAUGCACCAUUUGUUUGACUUGGUUUUGGGACAGAAAGAUCUCUCUAGAGCAGGUGAUUUAUUCUCCCUUGAUGAUUAUGAGAUUGAAAGCAGUCUGUCUGAAGCUCUGGAGCAGAUCAAGAUAAUCUCUUCCUCUGUGGAUUACCAAACUAAUGACAAUGACCAGGCAGUGGUAGAGAUUUGUAUCACUCGGAUCACCACUGCAAUUAGAGAAACAGAGUCCAUUGAAAAGCAUGGCAAGGCUUUAGUCUUGCUCUGGGAAUCCUGCCUUGAGCACAAUCUGAAGGCUGCAGCUAAAGACGAGGACACCCCACAUGGAAAAAUAGCAUCUGACAUCAUGAGCUGCAUACUGCAAAAUUAUAACAGACCGACCAUUAUGUCCCUGGCUGUCCCAGUGGCUGUGAAAUUCCUUCAGCGAGGAAACAGGGAGCUGUCACGGAAUUUGUCAAGUUAUAUUUCUCUGGCAGCCAUUGCCAAAGCGGACCUUCUUGUGGAUCACACAGUGGCAAUUGUAAGCAGUGUCCUCCAAGGUAAUAGUAUGCUUUUGCGAGUGCUUCCAUCUGUAUAUGAGAUGCAGCCCCAGCCAGUAAAUGCCUGUCUGAGAGAACUGGUUUCGCAAAUGCCUCACUUAGAUGACAGCGAGCAGCAUCAUUUGUUACGGUUAUUACAAGAAGUUGCUAAACAAAAACAACCACAGGUUCUAACAGAAAUUGUUCCUGUUCUCACUGAAUAUUUAUCUGAUCCAAGCUACAGUGAAAUCAUCCUUAAUAUAUUUGUAGAGAUAUCAGCAUAUGAGCCACUUGCGUUGGCUGGGUCUCUUUCCAUAUUAAAAGAAAUCGGUAACAAUUUCCCAUGUCUCAUUGGACAGAUAGUGAAGAUUUAUGGAGCAGUAGGGCAUAUUGAUGAGACAUGGGCCAAGAUAUGUUUGACGUAUUUGGUGAACCAGUUGACAAACAUGGAACAUUCUUUUCACCACGUCCUUCUGAUGGAGAUAAGGAAUAUUACUAGCGUUUUUAACAAUAUUUUAGGAAGCCAAGGCAGAGAUAUGUGCAGAAUGAGUAACAGCUUUACUGCAAUAGCAAAGAUCCUAAAUGAGCAUUUGCAGACCGAAACUGCCCAGACACAAAGGACUGAAAACCACAUUCAAACGGAACCCUCAUUUAAUAUUCAUGACUCGGUGAAAGGUCCUUUUUUUGGUGACACUGGUAAAGAAAAGUCUGAAGUCAAUGGUGGAGAUCUCAAUGAUCAGCAUCUCAUGAAUGACACAUUAACCGGUAGAAACUGCAUGUAUACUGAUGUGAAAAUAUUAAGUGAUGAUAAAAAGGACAAGAGAGUUAGCAGGUCAAGAAAAUUGGCAAUGAAUUCAGGAAACAGAACAUGCAUGAGUUUAGUGAGCGCUCAAGAAACAGAAAAUACAGACAGUCUUGGUUUAAUGUCUUUAUCACAUUUUUUUUUAAAUCAUGAAGAUGAAAGACUACCAUCUGGCUCAAACACUGAAAACUCUCCAAAGGACAAACCUUUAGCUAUAAAUCAAAUUGAUAAUUGCACUGAGGUAGUAAGUGUUACUGAACCAAAUCAAGAAAAUCCAAAUAGCAGAGAUACAAUUAAGGAGCAUAUAAAUCAACAAGAUAAACUCUUCUUGCAUUUGAAGGAAAAUGUUAAUGAGAUAAGAAACUAUGUUGAAGAAAUGGGGAGACAAGUUCCAGUCCCUGAUCAGUGUAUCAUUGAAGAUACUGUUAGACGUUGUGUAGCAAAGCUGUUCUUCAGUUGUCCAAUGAAGGGUCAUUAUUGUCUAUACAGUAAAUCUAGUUUUACACUCAUCAGCCAACAUCCACAGCUAUGGAUCCAUAUCAUGUUUCUUUUCCAACAGAGUAUGUUUCCAGAGCCACUAUCUAUCCAGAGCAAAUCCAUACAAAUCCUCAAGACGCUUUGGGAGAAGACUCAGUUGAAAGGAACCCACAGCUUUGAGGCUUCAAUAAUCCAGUCAUUGUUUCCUCUCAAAAAGGAUCUGGAACUUGUUCAUAUGCAUCUGGAAGAAGUGAGGUUUUUUGAUCUUUUUGGAUUUAGUGAAGAAACAGGGUCUUGGCAGUGUUUUAUGUGCAACAAUCCUGAAAAGGCAACAGUCGUAAAUCAAGAAGGCCAACCUCUCAUUGAAGGGAAACUUAAAGAAAAACAGGUCCGAUGGAAGUUUAUCAAACGAUGGAAAACACGUUAUUUCACCCUGGCAGGAAAUCAGCUUCUCUUUCGCAAAGGAAAAUCUAAAGAUGAUCCUGAUGAUUGCCCUAUCGAGCUGAGCAAAGUUCAGAGUGUGAAGGUUGUGGCCAAGAAACGGAGGGAUCGCACCCUGCCCCGUGCUUUUGAGAUCUUCACAGAAAAUAAGACAUACAUCUUCAAGGCCAAGGACGAAAAGAACGCAGAGGAAUGGCUACAAUGUAUCAAUGUUGCUGUUGCACAAGCUAAAGAAAGAGAGAGUCGAGAGGCUACCACAUAUUUGUAGUGUUCUGUUAUUUGACUGUUUGUGACAUGUUGCUAAAAUGAUCCUAUGCUUCUAGAGGAAGACACAAAAACAACAUAGAAGUCAUUGGACCAAAAACAGUUUAAUGAUGUUUAGGAGAGGUACUGCCUGAAAUGAGAGAAACGUAACACUGCGUUAUGUAGCUCACAUUUAAUUUUAUAAAUUAGUAAAUUGUCACUAAAGGAAUUGCAUUCCUUGUGGGGGGUUGUUACGGCCAGCUGUUGGCUGUCAAGAAAGUUAGACAGAUGCUCUAUUGCCAAAGACUGCACAAGAUCAUAUUACAGAAUUAGUUAUGUUCGUGUUAAUUGGUUGAAGCCUGUUUAAUGAACUAUAAUGUACCGCUACUCUCCUGCACUCUCUC